AUGGAGAGUAAAUUAGCCAAACUGGAGCGAGACACGAUAACAAACUCCCUGGAGAUCGUGCACCACAAGAUCCGGCUGCUGAUGGAGGUGUGGAAGAUGUUUUUCGACGAGAUCUGCUACCUCGACUAUCUGACCUCACUCCCUUCGAGCAUCGAACAGUUCCUGGGGGAAAUUUACUGCCUAACGAUGAACUUUUGCGUCCGAAAGACGCAACAGAUACGGGAACUGCAGACCAAAAUGUUCGAAAUGCGUCGCAUACUUGGCGUAACGAACGGCACACUGGAAGAUGAUUGGGACCAGGGCCAUAUGUCACUCGACCGGAAGCUUACUCAGUUGCAGCAGCGAAUAAAUUCGCUGCAGCAGCAGAUAGACGAACGUAAACGAUUGAUGAAACAAUACACGCUGGAAGAGGUGCAGCUGCUUAAGGAUCUGGGCGAAGUCGCUCCACCACACGAUCCGCUGUGUGAAAAUUCGGAAACGGGUGCACUUCCGGACGCGCAAAAGAUGGCCCAGUUCGCCGAUUACCUCAACCGGUUGCGUACGGAAAAGGUGAAGCGUAUCGCAACGCGCGACGAACUGCAAACAGACAUUCGCAAGAAGGCGCAGCUGCUAGAUUGGGUACCGCGGAAGGAACACCAUCGGGAGCUUGUGAACGAACAGUCUUUAAUUCCUUCGCUGACCCAUUUGCAAGAGUUGCAACAUCUGGACUAUGUGUUGUCAGGGCUGCUGAAGCGUAAGCAGCAGCAAGAACAACACACUGCAAACCAACAAUCAAAGAAGGCGAAAAAGCUAGAAAAGCGCAACAAGCACAUCAAGCCGGAAAGUUCUACGCACUGCGCGGAAAAUAGCAGUGGGACGGAACAGGAACAACAACAACAGCAGGACGAGGAUGACCUAUGGUCACAGGGUAAUGCGAUAUUGGAGCGCCGAAAGGCUAGUUCGCCUCCACCAGCGCCACCUUCGUCGCCCGUCGCGGAGGUAAACGUUUCCGUAAACAGCCCAUCCGGCGGUCUGUUCGAGCGGACCAUCGCAGCGUACAUGCGCGUGGAAUCGAAAGCGGGCCGGCUGGCGACGCGGGAAAGAAUCAUCGAGGAAAUAUUCCGACGCUGUCGGGCGUAUAUUAACGAGUGGUGGGGCCGGUGUCUCAUUCUGCCGCACGAGCGCCAACAGUGCAAGGUGCUGUACACGAACCAGCUCGACGAGAACGCGUUCGUGGCGCACAUCGAACAGCAGAAGCUUCUGCAGAGCUACUACCACGAAAACGAGGCCAUAUUUCGGCUUAUCUACCAGUGGGCGGAACAGUGGAACCGGGCAGUUCAGCUACAGCGUGAGACUGAAGAGGCGGUAGACAAUCAACAAGCAGCCCAGUGUUCGGGUGCGGCCAACGCACAACCGCAGGCGCAGGAGCUGACGGACGUCAACGGGCAGCUGGCAUCAAUCGGGAAGCAGCUGGAGAGCAAAUGUCGCGAAUUCGAACAACGGUGUCAGGUGAAGUUCACCAUGUAUGGGAUGCCGGUAAUGCAGGUGCUGAAGCGAUGCCAAGAGAAGCGCGAAAAGCUGAUACUGCCGGAUAGUUGUACGCCGCAACCAGCGCCAGUCCUGCGUACGAAGACUGCAUAUACCCGGCAGCAACUUUCACCCGAGAUGACCCUAGAGCUCAGCUUGAUGUUGCGGGAUCUGUUGCGCGAGAAGCAUAUGGAUAUGAUUAUGAAAAGACCCAAUACGGAUUCGGACGAUUCCAAUGACGAUGGCUGCAACAGCAGCGCCGAUGAGUGUGAGGUGGACCAGAAACGCGACGAUGAACUGUUGGAGGAAGCCUUCGCUUCCGCAACUGCGGCAGUCACUACUAAAAACCGCAUGCAGCAUUCCGUCAACGGGCAUCCGACAUCCUGA